AUGGCUUCCAAUGCAAUAGGGUUAGAGACUAGUUCUCUUUCUCUUUCGCUUGCUAUCACCUCCGCAUCAACUUUUUACCCUUCCCUUUCAACGACAUCCUCAACGUCGAUGUCCUCAUCAACCACCGUUUCUUCAUCCACAUCCUCAUGGUUAUCGACCCUCGACCCACUUUCACCAUCCCGUAAUCCACUUGCGUCUUCAGCCCUUGAAUCGCUGGCCAAAUCUUUACCUACCUAUCUGGCAGUCGGGGGCUCAGUGCUGGGAGUGUUGAUACUGAUUGCGUUGGGAAGUUGGUGGUAUAGACGAAGGAAAAGAAGGAAUAGGUUUGGGAAUGAUGAGGAGUACGAAGAAGGGUGGAAGGUAGUAAGGAAUAAGAGGGAGGAAAGAGAUUUGGAGAAAGGUUGGGAUGGUCCUAAUUGUACUGAAGAUGGUGGUGAUAACAAUAAUAAGUCUGCUACCACUACCACCCAUAAAGAUGGAAAUGAGGAAGAAUCAAGUGAAAUUUAUACCAUCACCCAUGCCACUCUAUCGAAAUCAUCACCCAACCUCAGUGUCCAUGUCGAUCAGUAUAAUAUCUCCCCCGCAAGUAGUCCGAUGUCGAGUCCCAUGUCGAGCAGGACGGGAUCUCAUGAGAACUUGGUGCAGAAGAGGGAUGAAUUAUAG